AUGCGUGCGGCGUUCGGCGAAGACACUCAUGGCUCAGGUGGGAUCGGGCGAAAAGCAGCACUAGGCUGCCAUGGUUCAGCAGCCUAUGUGGUAGAGGAAGAUCCAGUGGUCCUGAAGUUUGAGCCCGACUCCGAUGAUGCUGAGUCCUCGGACAACAUGUUGGCCGACGUCGAGGCGUUUCUGGCCGAUCACGGCGUCCGUGAGGAGAGUCCUGAGACUUUCUCUACUGCCCUCUUCGAUGAGAAGGAGGUUGCCGAGAUCCUAGCAGCGACCUGGAAAGAGAAGAGAGCAGAGAUUACCAAGUUGCAGCGCAGCCGCAAGUUCACUCAGGCCUCGAACAUCAAGAAGCAGUUCGCCCGAGAAGCUUCUGACCUCAAGCGGAAGUCCAAGUGCUGGAAUUGUGGCCGCCCAGGACAUUGGUCACGAGAUUGCACGGCUCCGAAGUCCUCUAGUGCCUCUUCCGAGAACGACAAGCACAAGACCCAUGGCGCUGCAGUUGCAACAUGCCUCUCUCCGGAAUCUGAAUCUGGUGAGACCUUUUUGGUGUCUUCCCCAGGUUUUGGCAUAGUGGAUAGUGGGUGUAGCAGAACCUUAAUUGGCCAAGAGACCCUCAACUCCUUUUUGCGGCUUUUUCAUGACCUGAAGCUUCCGACUCCCGAAACCAAGUCUCAAAGCAAUUUGUUUCGUUUUGGAAACGGCAGUGAAGAAUGGUCGGAAAGGGUAGUCACCAUGCCGAUAGGAAUUUCUGGACGUAGAGGUUCCAUAGAAGCUGCAAUCAUCAAGGGAAAUGCACCUCUGCUUUUGAGCAGAACCACCAUGCGUUACCUCCAAGCGGUCCUUGACUUCAGUGAGAGCAAGAUCUCCUUGCUGGGUGCACAGGCGCGUCCAAUGACCUUCAAUGAAGCUGGCCAGGUGAUUGUUAACAUGCUGGACUUUGAACCUCACUCUGCUCUUCUCGUGCAGAAUGACGAGGUGGUUUCGGCUUCUGGCAAACUGAGCAAGCGGGAGCGUCGAGUGGUGCUCUCUCAGGUGAAGGACAAGCUGGUGUCAUCAGCAAAAGAGCCUGCCACAGUUUCUGUGCCAUCUGUCUCCGUCACGGAGAAUCCAAGGGAUGCGUCCGGUGAUGUUGACUCUGAGAGCCCACCAAUGAGCAACAACACUUCCAGUCCGUAUUCCGGGGGUACAAAUCCUGAUAACAAAGCUUCACAACUGAAAGAAUAUGGUCCCGUAAGACUUAGAAAUUGGAGUAAGGGCCCCAGCCAUUUCUUGUUUCGACCAGUUCAAACCCAGCCAGAGGAUCUCCGAGAUGUGGUGCAGGAAAUGGCAGAGGAGCGCAGCUCUGCUGAAAAACGUGCUCAGUCCAGAGAACCUAGCACGGGACCUCCGGCCAAGAGCUCCCGAAUCGAGAGCCCGGAGGACCAAUGCCUCUUAGCUGAAUGUGCGAGAAUAGCCGAAUGGAUGCUCUUGGUCCUGUCGGAGGCCAUCGAUGGUCCCUUCAGCUUAGCCGAUGUUGAUCAGUCGAUUCAGCGAUGCGGUUUAGAGCCUAGAUGGCGUCCCACCGACCGAAUGGUUGCAGAUGCCUUUACCAAAGACAAGGGAGAACCCCUGGACCUUCUGCGAUCAGUCAUCCGCCAGUAUCAUUAUCAGCUAGCCGACGAGCAGGACGCAGUGUCCGCUGAGGAGUUCCGGGCCCUGAAGGCCACCAUGGAUCGUUUAAGGAAGUAUGGUUUACAGAUUGUGGCGUCUGAAGCUGCCGGAGCAGAGAUGCCAGGAGCUAUGGCAGAUUCUAGCAAGCGCCUGCGCGAUGACUCCAUUGCCUCCUUUGACAUGGCCUUUGACGAUGAGCCUUGGGAUUUGCCUUGCGGCGGAAUGCUCACCGGGUCUUCUGCAAUUAGUGGCCAGCAGGUCAUUUCUCCCAAGGUGCUGAGUUCUCAGACAGUCGAGUUGCCGCCGGGUGUUUCUUCGAUCAAGGAGUGGGGCAAGACUUUGUGUGAGCUGCCGGCUGUAGCGCGUCAGAAGUUACCUUAUGAGGCCUUGGCCCAAGAUGAGUCUCAAACAGACUCUUUGCUGUGGAUUUUGAAACAAGGGGCAUCAAAGGGCCCGCGUGUAGCCGAUCUGGCCAAUUAUUUGCAGGCCACUAAGUUCACUGAAAAGUGCAAUGGUCAAUCCAUUGGACCGCCCUAUCCUGGUGCGGCGUUCGGCGAAGACACUCAUGGCUCAGGCGAGACAAAGGAGCAGUCUUAA